AUGCUGCUUCUGCUAUCACUGCUGCUUAUGGGACUUGAUUGCUUGCUGGGAGCCCCAACAGGGCGAGAGGUCUACAGGAUGCCACAGAGUGCGCUCAAAGCUCUGUCUGAUCGUGGCACUGUUGUUCUAGAGGCGGCCAUGGCUAGUGCCCUGUCCGCUCUCGAGCGUGCAUCAUCUGAGAGGAGUCGGGCUGAAGCAGGCUGCCGGGGCUGUGCUCCCUGUUUGUUUCAGGACUGUGGACAGCUGUCUGGGUCCUGCUCGUCUCCUGCCAGUGCCUUAUCAGAGCCCAGCUGUGAUGUCAUCAGUAAGGCCCAGAAGCUUCAAGAUGAAGCUGAGCGGAGUUGGGCUCUGAGCCAGGCCUGUGCCUACUAUCAGCAUCGCUGCCCACCAGGUGAACUGGACAAGGAGAGCUGCAUCAGGAUCAUGGGUGAGAGUUGCAGCGCCCGUGUCCUCCAGUGCAGCCUGCUUAACACAAUGCAGAACCUGGAACCUGCUACACAGACGCAUGCACAGGCAGCAGUGUGUGGUCAGAGGUUGCCCACGGGGCAAAACAUCACACAGCCUCGCUCCCGGAUUGUGGGCGGCUCUCCUGCUCCUCCAGGCAGCUGGCCAUGGCUGGUCAACCUCCAGCUAGAUGGUGGCCUGAUGUGCGGAGGGGUCCUGGUGGACAGCUCCUGGGUUGUCACUGCUGCUCAUUGUUUUGCCGGCAGCCGCAGUGAGAGCUACUGGACAGCUGUGGUGGGGGAGUUUGACAUCACCAAGACUGACCCUGAUGAGCAGGUUCUCAAAGUGAACCGCAUCAUCCCUCAUCCUAAGGUAACAAUUGGUCCUGUCCAACCGUGUCACCCCGUGUGUCUACCCUCUGGCGUGGACCCCCCUACUGGCAGUCCAUGUCUGGUGGCAGGCUGGGGCUCCCUCUAUGAGGACGGUCCGUCUGCUGACGUGGUGAUGGAGGCCAAGGUGCCCCUGCUGCCUCAGAGCACCUGUAAGAGUGCCCUUGGUAAAGAACUGGUCACCAAUACUAUGCUGUGUGCUGGCUAUCUCUCUGGAGGCAUAGACUCCUGUCAGGGAGAUUCUGGAGGCCCCCUUAUCUACCAGGACCGAAUUUCAGGUCGGUUCCAACUCUAUGGCAUUACCUCCUGGGGAGACGGUUGUGGGGAGAAGGGCAAGCCUGGAGUCUACACGCGGGUGUCUGCUUUCUCUGACUGGAUUCAGGCUGAGAUACAAAAGUCAUUUGGAAGCAGGGAACCAACAUGUCCGGAGCUUCUAAAGACAACAGAAAUGACGGAGGAGGGACAGAGGUCAGAGUUCACCUCUCUUUGUCACUUCUAUACCCUGACCUGUCCCCCUGGUCAGUCUGAUAGCGCUUGCAGCCGAAUGGCAGAGGAUAAGUGCCUCACCCGCUUCAAGAAAUGUCAGUUGCGUUCGUUCCUGCAGACCUUGUUGGACUUGCUCCAGAGGGCCGAGGAUUACAUCAGGGACAAAGUCGACUUGACGUUCUUCACCCAGACUCUGCCUCAGCUGGUGGAGCACAUAUACAGCACAGCUUUCACCCACACCAGAGAGAGGAGGGACCUGGGCCUGAGCCAUGGUCGCACACAGAUUGAAGAACAGCUAGGUGGAGCUGUGGUGCCAAUUGAGCAGGGUCCUUCUCCAGUUCCUCCAGCCUUAUUCAGAGAGGUGGGACCCUCAGUGGAUGACUGGGAGAAAUACCUGAGGAACACGGCUGAGGACCUGGACAAACAGCAUUCUGACACAUCCACAGACAUCUCCUCCACACCAACAAGACAGGAGGACAACCUUUUCUUACAGACGGAGGACUCAUUAGUACAUCAGCUGGAGGGAGAAUUCCGAUCUGUUAUUGUAGCUCUUCGCUCCAAAUUGGCCUCCAGAGCUGCUCCUCCCAUCCUGCACUUGGAUACAGUCUACCUCCAGGAGGAGUCUCCCAACAGCCCCCCUUUUCCUACGUCUUCCACUGCUGCACCGGUCCACACCGGCCACACCUCCUCCUCCCCAGAAUCCCAGCAGCCAUGGUCACUUCUAACAGCCCUGAUGAAUGAAAUUCAGACAUUAAGAACACAAGAUGACAUUGUGACAGCAGAUGCAUCACAAAGUGACACGUCAUCCGAUAGCGAUGCGUCUCUUGGUGUCAGAUGGAGCACCAUGUCAGAGGAUUUUACUUUUGUUAAAAAUGAAGAUAGAACAGAAUUAAAAUCAAAGUUACCACUUCCAGCGCAGUCAACAACUGACGUUCAACCGAUCACUGAGGGCGCUCACACAGAGACGACUGCUGACCCCAGACAAACUGUGCAUGCUGUAAAGACUUUAAGUCUUCGCAGAAAAUACAGGAGCCUUCUGCGCAAGAGGCAGAUACCAGGGGCCAGUGGGAAAAUUUGUCCUGGAGUGAGAGAGUCCUCACAGCAAGUCAGCCAAGUCAGAGACACUUACAGCUGGGUCUUAAGCAUCCCAAGCAAGAACGUACACAUGAGCUUCCAAGAGGUGUUAGUUGAUCUGGGCUCUAAGAAUGAUCGAGGACUUUACCAGGCGCGGGUCAGAGCAGUAGUGGGAGGACGACCUUUGACCUUCUACAGUCUCGUGGGCCUGGAGAAUGAGUCAUUCUACCGCAGUGUGCCAAGGAUCAUUGCUUUGGCACUAGAGGCACUUAAGACUUAACUUUAUCAUAACAGCAAGUGAACAAAUAAAUGAAAGAGGAUAGUACAAAGACUCUCAAAGAGACCUGUUUGAAAAGAACCCCCCUUGUUCAUGGGACACAGAGACGCACAUAAAACGCACACGAACAUUACCUGGGGUCUCCUGUGAAAAGCAUGAUUUUGUUUUCCCCAUCUGAGAGCCUGACUUUGGCUCAAAAUGAAAACACAACCAUGAAUGUAUCAACCCAACUACUGGCCACCCAUCAUGCCAUGCAUUUUGUUUUGUUUAUGUGGUUGGAGACACAGCCUUGUCUAACUUAUGAAUCUGUACAAAAUGAUAAGUUAUUCAUAUUGUCUUUUGCAAAGGUUGAGCCUCUUGUAAAGCACACAGACUGUACAUAUUCAUAUUCUUACCUUAUUACUAUCAUAUUUAUUUGUAUAGAGAAAAGUAUUUGUAUUUUUGUAAAAAA